UUGACCAAUAAACAUCAUUAAUUGGCGUAUCGAACAAUUUUUGUUCAUAAUUCAGUUGCACAGUAGAUGUUAUUGUAAAUGGUGGCAAAAAACAAUCAAACAAAUACAGUAAAGAAAAGUUUAAUAAAAGAAUUAAAAAAAAAAAUACCGAUCAUUGGUAAAUUAAGUAAUAAAAAAAUUAAUUAAACAAAAUAACAAACAAAGAAAAACAAUUAAGAAAUCAAUGAAAAAAGUGCAAGAAGUUGCUUAAUAAACUAAAAACAAAACUUCUAAAACUAAAUUUUAAAAGAAAAUAAUAAUAAAUAUUUACAGGCGGAUGUUUUAAGUAACAAACAAUCAAUUAAAAAUGUAUAAUUUUCUAGUUUUAUGUACAAUUAUUUUCUAAACAAAUAUUUAAUUGAUAGUGUUUAAAUGUUAAACAAAUAAUAGAAAAUAAAACGGUAGUUAGUUUAUAAAAAAAUCACUCAAUUCUCUAGAGUAGAAUUGCAUUAAACGUGUAAAUUUGCAAUCUUGUAAAAAGAAAUUUAAUUAAAUUAAAUUAUGUUUUUCAAAUGGCCCGCCUUGUUGUUCGUUAUAAUUAUUUUAAAUUUCUAUUUUAUUUCUGUAAAAUCGGAUAUAAAUAUAACAACAAAUAAAUUCAGCAGUUUAAAUAGUAAUUAUAAAUAUACUACUGAUAAUUCCUACAAUGCCAAGGACAACAACAAUAAUAAUGAAAGCAGCGAUAGCAGCAACAACAGUAAUAAUAAUAGCUCUGGUGGCGAUAAUAGCGACGACAGUCCAACAAAAACAGUACAAGAACCUACAGAGAAUUCUUUAGCACCCCCGCAUAUUAUUUUUAUUUUAGCUGAUGAUUUAGGUUUCAAUGAUGUUGGAUUUCGUGGAUCUUCAGAGAUUCCAACACCAAAUAUAGAUGCUUUAGCAUUUUCUGGUAUAAUAUUAAAUAGAUAUUAUGUAAAUCCAAUAUGUACACCAUCAAGGUCAGCAUUAAUGACGGGAAAAUAUCCAAUACAUACGGGCAUGCAACAUACUGUACUCUAUGGUGCUGAACCCCGGGGACUGCCUUUAAAUGAAAAAUUAAUGCCUCAAUAUUUCAAUGAUCUCGGAUACUCUUCACACAUAGCCGGCAAAUGGCAUUUGGGUCAUUAUAAACGUGUCUAUACACCACUCUUUAGAGGUUUUCGUACUCAUGUAGGCUAUUGGACGGGUCAUCAUGAUUAUUUUGAUCAUACGGCUGUAGAGUCACAACAAUGGGGUUUAGAUUUAAGAGAUGGUUUGGAUGUGGGUUAUGAUUUACAUGGUAAAUAUACCACUGACUUGGUAACAGAAGAAUCUUUAAGGGUUAUAGCAAAUCAUAAUGCUUCAAGUCCUUUAUUCUUAUAUGUCUCACAUGCCGCAGUACAUUCGGGUAAUCCGUAUAAUCCUCUACCAGCACCCGAUGAAGCAGUUGCCAAGUUGCAACAUAUUGGAAAUUAUAAUAGAAGAAAGUAUGCAGCGAUGGUUACCAAACUAGAUGAUUCAGUUGGACGCAUAGUGCAACAAUUGCAAAAGCAAAAGAUGCUUAAUGAUUCGAUUAUAAUUUUUAGCACUGAUAAUGGUGGACCGGCAGAAGGUUUCAAUUUAAAUCAUGCUUCUAAUUGGCCUUUAAGAGGUGUUAAGAAUACUCUGUGGGAGGGUGGCAUCAGAGGUGCGGGUUUAAUAUGGUCACCACGUUUGAAAAAUACUAGAAGAGUGGCUGAUCAGACUAUACAUAUAGCUGACUGGCUACCCACUCUAUUGACAGCCAUUAAGGGAGAAACGUAUAAGGACAACAUUUCCCAGCAAUUGGAUGGCCUUAGCAUAUGGCAAGCCUUAUCUAAUGACGAAACUUCUCCACGUCGUAGUACACUCCAUAAUAUAGAUGAUAUUUGGGGUAGUUCCGCUUUAACUGAAGGUGAUUGGAAAGUCGUUAAGGGUACCAACUAUAAAGGUGCCUGGGAUGGUUGGUAUGGACCGGCAGGUAAUCGUGAUGCCCGUUCAUAUGAUUAUAAAGCUGUACGUUCCUGUUAUGCUGGUCGUGCUUUGGCUACACUCAAUAUGUUACCCACCCCAGCUGAUAUAACACGCAUGCGCAGCGAAUCGAAUAUAGAUUGUACCGCGCGCAGACCUUAUCUAAAACAGGGAACUGUAUGCAAACCGUUAGUGAAACCUUGUUUGUUUAAUAUUAGAGAUGAUCCCUGUGAGAUAUAUAAUUUAGCACAAAAAUAUCCAAAUAUUUUAGAGGCCUUACUAGAGGAAUUAGAUAACUAUAAUGCUACAGCUGUGCCGCCCUCAAAUCUGCCCUUAGAUCCCCGUGCCAAUCCCAGUAGAUGGAAUUACACUUGGACUAAUUUUGGAGAUUAUGAAGAAUAUCAAAAAUCCUAUAUGUUAAUAGGAGAUUUUUGAAACCGAUCGAACCGAUUACAAAACGAAAUUAAGAGCGAUAUUCAUUUACAUGUAAUUAAUAAUUACUAUGCAAUAAAAUUAAUUAAUUAUUUAAUAUAAAAUGAUUGAAACU